UUUUGAAGCUGUGCAUAGCUCGCGCCAGGGCUGCCGGGAACAAUAAGGUCUGUCUGCGGAUCAAUCAUCCGAUAGCGGAUCGAUUAGUAGAGCUGCAGGAUGUCAUUCCAUAACAGGAAGAUCAACGCGAGACCCGCGGGCAACCGUCUGAUCAUCAAAGGAGGAAAGAUUGUCAAUGAUGACCAGUCUUUCUAUGCUGAUGUUUACAUAGAAGAUGGAACCAUCAGGCAGAUUGGAGAGAGCCUUAUUGUCCCUCCUGGUGUGAAGACAGUGGACGCCUAUGGCCAACUUGUCCUUCCAGGAGGAAUUGAUGCCAACACCAACCUGCACGCACCACAGAGCGGUCUGAACCCCAUCGAUGACUUUUAUCAAGGAACCAGAGCUGCUUUGGCAGGAGGAACCACCAUGAUCAUUGACCAUGUUCUGGCAGAGCCGGGAACUAGUUUGCUGGCAGCAGUGGCACAGUGGCAGGACACAGCAGAUCAGAGGGCGUGCUGUGACUACUCUCUGCACGUGGACAUCACACGGUGGCAUGAAGGAUUGUACGAGGAGCUGGAGACCCUCGUCAAAGACAAAGGUGUGAACUCCUUCCUGCUCUUCAUGACCUACAAAGACAAAUACCAGAGCUCAGACUUCCAGCUGUAUGAGGCAUUUGGCAUCCUCAGGGAUCUUGGAGCCAUCGCGCUGGUCCACGCUGAGAACGGUGACAUCAUUGAAGUGGAACAGAAAAAGCUUUUGGAUGUCGGUAUCAGUGGACCUGAAGGACACGUCCUGUCUCACCCAGAGGAGGUGGAGACAGAGGCGGUGUACCGAGCAAUCACCAUUGCCAAACAGGCCAACUGUCCAUUAUACGUUACCAAGGUGAUGAGCAAACCAGCUGCUGAUGUCAUCGCUAAAGCCAGAAAGAAAGGUAUUGUGGUCUAUGGUGAAGCAAUCACAGCCAGUCUGGCCACUGACGGCUCGCACUAUUGGUCCAAAGACUGGGCCACUGCUGCUGCCUUUGUCAUGAGUCCACCCCUGAAUCCUGACCCUUCAACUCCACAAUAUUUGACUUCCCUGUUAGCAUGUGGAGACCUGCAGGUGACAUCCAGUGCUCAGGCCACAUUUUCCACUGCGCAGAAAGCUGUUGGCAAAGACAACUUUGCACUGAUCCCAGAAGGAACCAACGGCAUAGAGGAGAGGAUGUCAGUCAUAUGGGACAGAGCUGUGUGUACAGGAAAGAUGGAUGAGAAUGAAUUUGUCGCAGUAACGAGCACCAAUGCUGCUAAACUCUUCAACAUUUAUCCAAGAAAAGGUCGCAUUGCUGAAGGAUCUGAUGCAGACAUCGUUGUCUGGAACCCAAAAGAGACGCAAACCAUUUCUGCAAAGACUCACAAUUUGACAGUGGAGGUGAACAUCUUGGAAGGUCUGGAGUUUCGAGGAAUGCCAUCAGUGGUGAUCAGUGGUGGAUGUGUCGUUCUGGAGGAUGGGAAACUUAAUGUUACAGAAGGUUCUGGGCGCUUCAUCCCAAGGAAGGCUUUCCCUGAUGCCACCUAUAAAAGGAUCCGAGCUCGCAGCAAGAUGGCAGAGGCCCGCGGGGUUCCACGUGGGAACUAUGAUGGUCCAGUUCAUGAUGUCAUCAGUGUGACUAAAUCCGUCACACCAACCCCAACCACGAGAGGGCCCCCCUGCCCCAAGACCACGACUGGCCCUCGAAAUCUUCAUCAAUCUGGUUUCACCCUGGCAGGUGCUCAGAUUGAUGACCACAUACCACGACGCUCCGCUCAAAAGAUUGUGGCGCCCCCUGGAGGCCGAUCAAACAUUACGUCAUUAUCUUAAACCUUCAUGAUGUCAUCGAUCCGAGUGGUUCUGCAGCCCUGCGUAUUUUCUAACAGUUGGUCUGGGUGGAGUUUGCAAAACUGUCUCUGGUCCAUGAUUACACACUACGUCGUAAAAAGUGUGCCAUCGACAAACGGUUUCCAUGGUUACGGCAUGCAGGUGGAUGCUGUCAGUGAAAACUUUCUGCUGUUUUUGUGCUUGAAGAUUCCAGCAGUCAGGAUCUUUCACUUUAUUUCUUUCUUGGUCCCAAAAUGACAAACCUGAAACGAAGGUAGAUUAAAAAAGUAUGUUAGCACUCAUUAGUAUUAGUAAAGUGACAUGAAGAUGGUGGUGAUUAGCUAUUAGAUGAUAUUCUUGAACUUAUCUUUAACAUCAGACUUCAUCUGUCUGUG